AUGCACCACAACACGAGCCUGCAACAGCGGCAACGCCAGCAGCAGCAGCAGCAGCACUUUAUGGCGAGGCAGCCUCCUGCACUGGGCGGCGGCGGCGGGCCCACCAUGGGCUUCCAGCCGCCGCCUCAGGCCGCUUACAAGGGCACGCUAGCGCCCGGCACCAGGGUCAAGGUCGGAGGCAUCACCGUCACCGUCAAGCGCUACCUCAGUGAAGGCGGCUUCGCGCACGUCUACCUCGUCACAACGGCCCAGCCGAUCCCCAUGCCAUCCUCGGUCACAGGGUCAGUGGGCGCGUCGGCCUCGAAGCACGCCGCAGGCACCCGCGGCGAGACGACGCAUGUCCUCAAACGCAUGGCUGUGCCCGACAAGGAGGCUCUGGCUGAUGUGAGGAGAGAGGUCGAGGUCCAUAAACUGCUCCGGAACCAGCCCAACAUUGUCCACUUCAUCGAGGCCUCGGCGACGGCCCUACAGGGCGGAGGCUACGAGAUCUUCAUCCUGAUGGAGUUUUGCUCGGGGGGUGGCAUCAUCGACCUCAUGAACGCCCGGCUCCGUGACCGCCUGCGCGAGGAUGAGGUGCUAAAGAUAUUUGGGGACGUCUGCGCUGGAGUCGCCGUCAUGCAUCAUCAGGAUCCGCCGCUGAUGCACCGCGACCUCAAGGUGGAAAACAUCCUAAUGUCGCCGUCCGUGGGGCCCGACGCCAUCCCUGGGUCCCGCUCCGCCUCGUCAAACCUCAAGGCCACCUUCAAGCUGUGCGACUUCGGGUCCGCCGCACCCGUACUCAGCCGCAGGGCGCCCAAGAGCAUGGACGAGGUGAAGCGGGUCGAGGCCGACCUGAACAAGCACACCACGCUGCAGUACCGCGCGCCCGAGAUGGUCGAUGUCUACCAGCGGCGGGUCAUUGACGAAAAGGCCGACAUCUGGGCACUCGGCGUGUUCUUGUACAAGCUCUGCUACUACACGACCCCGUUCGAGGAAAACGGCGGUGGGCCCUUGGCCAUCCUCAACGUCCAGUACCGCUUCCCGCCGCAGCCGGCCUACUCGCAGAAGCUCAAAGACCUCAUCGCAUCGCUCCUGAUCGAGCAGAGCACCCAGCGGCCCAGCAUCGACCAGGUUAUUCUCGACGUGCACAAGAUACUGGGAACGAGGCCACCCUCGAGCGCGGCCCACUACGCCCAGCUGGCGCUCUCGGGCAAGAUCGUCGCGCCGCUGCCUUCUGUAUCCGUCAGCACCCGCUCAGCGGACAACAGGCCCGUGUCCAGCCAGAGCGGCGCGCGCCCCUCGGCCGAGGCCGCUCUCAUCAGCAUCGGUCCCACCAAACAGGAGCGCGAGGAGGCAGAGACCCGUCAGUUGGCCAUGCAGACCGAGAACAUCACGCCGAUGCGCCGCGGAAGACCGACGAAGCAGGCGGCGCCGUCCGUGACGCCCGAUGCGGGAGGAUCCGUCGCUGCCAGGCCGAGCUCGCCAAAGAAGCCCUCUUCCCAUGGCGACCGUCCAGCGGCGACAUCGUACGCCCACAAAAGAAGUUCGCCAUCGGACAGCAUCCCGGCAGCACCGACCUCGAACGGUUUCGACGACUCCUUCAAGCCUGGCCCGUCCCCCUCCUUCGCCCUUCGUGCCGGCGCGUUCGCUCCACUUUCACCGCCGUCGAAGAGCACGGUCACUCCUCCGUUCAGUGCCUCCGCCGUGCCGGGCUCGCCGAUCAGCCUUCCUCCCAGACCCAGCGAGAAUGCCGGCUCACCGUCGCCGCAUCUCUUGCGGCCAAUCAACGGCGCCUCUCCGGGCCCCAACGCUGGCAGCCAAGCUCCCUCUCCGUUCCGCCACAGUCCAGCGCUCCCCGGCUUCAGUGCUACCAACAGCCCAGCCCCUUCACCGGUGCCAGGACCUAACGGCGCCGAUCUCCUUCGCACCAAGCCUGCCUCGCGUCUCGGUGACGACGAUGGUGCCGCCGGACGCUUCCCUAGCGUCGAGGAGAUAGACGCGCGGUACGCAUCGCCUUCGCCGGUCGCCUCGCCACCGGCCUCGGCAUCCUCGGCACCCCCGAAGACUGCAUCAAUGCAGAUUCCGGGUCUGUCUAGCAGAGCUAGCGUUGGCGCUUUGGCUGGCAGGAUCAACCGUGCCAACACGGUGGACAUUGCCCAAAGCGGAGAGGCGGCAAUCCAUCCUUCUCUGGGUGUAGCGAGCGGCGGAAAUGUGCAGCGGCGAUGGCAACCCAGCAUUGCAGACCCUGCGAGCCGGGGCGAUCUCUCCAGAGCACCCGUCGCAAACCCUAUGCCGACCAAGCCGCCCGGAUACCGGACCUCCAAACUGUCGUCCCAACCACUCCGCAGGGACUCAGCCUCCGCCGCAUCAGAGGCGAAUGCCGCACCGUCAUCCCGCACGGGCACGACGUCUGCCAACCGAUCGGACGUUACGGUCGCUGCGCCAAGCACGGAGAAGGGCAGGGCUCAGGCCGAGGAUUGGCUGACCGGAGACGGGCUGGAGGACGCACUGCGAUCGCCACCAUUGUCUUCACGGUCCGAUGAGGCCAAUGGCAUCGUCGGCGCUCUCGCAGACGUCAAGCUCGGACAGCAGCAGUCGCCCCUUCGAUCGGCACCCAGGCACGAGCUUCUGUCGGACGUUCGUCCGAGCAAAAUGGAAACGACAGUCUCUCAAGGAGCUGCACACGAGACCUUGUCCAGCGACGACGAAGCCGAAGGGCCGGAGGACGCCGACCCACGGCGUCCAUCAGCUUCGACAGUCAAAUCCUUCGGCCGAGGGGUACGGAGCUGGACGGCUAUGCGCGCUGCGACCGAGACUGACCGAGGCCCUGACGAGGCUGCCGCAGGUCGCUUGCCUCCCGGUCGCCUCAAGGCUCCCUCGUGGCUGGUCGAGCAGCAACCGGAUCAGCCCGAGACUGCCAGCUCGGCGAUCCAAGGCCUGCCCAAGCUCGAGACUGCCGGGCUCGGUAGCGGGACAGAGGCCAAGCCGGAGCCCUCACGCCAGUCUUCCGUCGCCUCCGUCGUCUCACCCACCAGGUCCGAGAUCGCCGCCAACCAGAAGCUCGACGACGCCGCUCGCGACGCGCAGGAGAAGCUCGAGGAGCUGCUGCGGGGUCCGCACGAGGGGGCUUCACCGCCACCUGGGCCCGAGAAGCUCACCGGCGACGAGCGUUCCGAGGAUCGCAUGCCGCCUCCGCUUCCCUCGCGGGUACCCGCUCCAGCCUGGGACGAUGACGAGGAUGAGAUGCGAGCGCUGCCGCUGCCCGAGCUCCGAGCUGCGUCUGCAAGCCGCCCGGUCGAGACCGGCAACCUGGUCGAUCUGGGAAGCCAGGACGAAGCGCCCCGCGCAGGGGUUGCGCGGGGCAUGGCUGCCAGACAGAACACCACCUCCUCGACCGGCCAGUCGUCGUGGCUGCAGGAUCUCAUGGACGACGAAUCUGUGGCCGCAAGCGAGGUUCCCAGCGCCGAAACUGGCCCAAGGCUGCAUCGGGAGCCUCCUAGCUUGCCGAAGCUGCAGCCGAACGCCAUCGGAGAGGCGAAACAAUAUGCGGACGCCGCAACCUCGCCGCAGAAGGCGGUGUCGUCGGAUGAUGCUGCGCACUCGGAGACUGGCGACGUUCGCUCCGGCGUCGAGCAGAGUUUCUCUCCGAUGUCGACCCGCGGUCAGGAGGGAGCCACCCGCCCAGAAGAGCCGACUAAGGCCCGAACCGAUGCGGCUGCCAAGACCAAGGACAACAGUGGCGACGUCACAUUGGCUCCUGUUUCCGUGGACCGGACCGCCCCCUCGAGCCAUAGACACGGACAACCGAAGGUAGAGCCAGGCUUCGUGCGUCAAAGGCAGCACUCCCUUGUCGGAGAGCAGCGCGACCAUGAAGGAGCAACGUCCAAGGCCGAACGGCCGUCUGUCCCUGCUGCAGACCCCUCCAAGGAGCCCACCCCUCGCGCCUUCGCUGGCGGUCAGCCAAAGAUCAUCAUGCCGAAACCUAUGGCGCUGAGACCGUCCAACAGCUCCUAUGGACGCGCUGGCGGCGAGCCGGCCCGCGCGAGGCCGAUGGGGGGGCUCAAGCCCUGGGAAAAGGAGGCCGCGGCGGCGGCCGAGAUUUCCAAGUCGGGCAUCGUCCGUUCUUCUGGCCUGCGCGGUGAUCACGCCGCCGACCCAUCGGACCACGCAGAGGACGAGGGCGGAGGCGCGCCGCGCAACGAUUCCGCUGAGCGCUUCGGCGGCGUCAGCAGCCUCAUCUCCAAGUGGCAGCAGAACGUCGAGUCGCAGGCGCCCGGAUGGGGGAGGAUCGGCAGCAGCUCUUUGGAGGACCAGGGCCACCGACGCUCGUCGAAGCUGGCGGGGCACGGGAGGGGCCUGGGUCCUGCGGUGGCCGACCAAGCGGCAGCGUCCGUCCAGGGCCGCAGAGGCGAGACGGGCGAGACCUAG